AUGGAUACGACUGGUCAAGAGCCAGAACUCAGAGGUGGACUCAACCGCGGAUUGGGUCCCCUGCUGCAGCUGCGCGGGUGUUAUGCUCCUGGAACGGACGCUCAAAAUGAUCACACAAGGCGGGAAAUCAUGGCAGCGUUGGAGCAGCUCCAGUCUGAAGUGGCCUGUUCGCUUUGCUUAGAGGAUUUCAAAGAGCCGGUGUCCAUCUCCUGUGGGCACAACUUCUGCCGCCCCUGCAUCGAGCUGUGCUGGGCAAAAGCGGAGGGGAACGUCUUAUGUCCUCAAUGCCGGGAAACGAUCCCAGAAGGAACCUUCAGGCCCAACAGGGUAUUGGGGAACAUAGCGGAGCUGGUGAAACGUCUGCAAUCGGAGGCGGCAACAGCAGCAGCCACACCCGUAGGAAAUGCAAUCUGUGCGAGGCACCAGGAGCCCCUGAAACUUUUCUGCCAGCAGGAUGAGGCCCCCAUUUGCGUAAUCUGCAGGGAAUCCCGCGACCACCAGUCCCACAAAGUGCUUCCCAUAGAAGAGGCUGCCAAAGAUUGCAAAAAACUAAUCCAGUCUGAACUCCAGAAACUGAAGAGGAAGAGGGAGAAUGCCAUAUCAAGGCAGCUACAAGAUGGGCUUACUAUAAAACAGCACCUGGAAAAAAUUGAAGUGGAAAGAGAUCUGGUUGUGAAUGAGUUUGAUCAACUUCACCAGUUUGAGCAGAAGCAGAAGAGUCUCUUUCUAGACGAGCUACAAAAGCUACAAGAGGAGAUGGAAGAAAAACAGAAGGCGGAUGCCGAGAAGGCUGGCCAUCUCAGUACUCUGAUUGAAGACAUGGAGACGAUAUGCCAGCAGUCAGACAGUGAAUUCCUGCAGGAUAUUAAAAACAUCUUGAGGAGGUCCAGAGAUUUUCAGAAGCCUGAGUUCACUUCCAAUUUUACACCAAAACUUGUUGCAUUUUCUCUGCAGAAUGCUGCUCUAAAACUGACACUGAAGACAUUCAAAGAAACAUUCGCAUCUCAGCUGAAAGAAUAUGAACAACAGGCUAGGGCUCCUGAAUUAAACGAUCAACUCAAAGGAAUACUACUAUCCACAGACUCACAUUGAGGACACC